AGAGAGAGGAGGACAGAGCUCUGUCAAAAGGACACCCAGAGGACGGGAGAAGGAGAGGAGGACGAGGAAGAAGAGAAGGGAAGGAGACCAGUAGAGAGGAGGGUUGCAGCCAUGUCAGACACACCUCUGCAGAGGAACGGCACAGCAACAGCGCCGAUGUCGUGUGAGGAGGCUCAGCUCCACAAAGAGAGGCUGCAGGCCUUGGCGGAGAAGCGAAAACGGCAAACUGAGAUUGAAGACAAAAGAAGGCAGCUCGAUGACCUGGUGCUACAACUCCAGCAUCUCAAGUCCAAAGCCAUGCGAGAGCGAUGGCUCCUCCAGGGAAUGGGAGUGGAGGAAGGUGAGGCACGGCGGAAACAGCUGGAGCAGGAUGAAGAACAAGGCAAGAGGCUGGAAGACAUGAUACAUAGGCUGGAGUCUGAAAUUGGUGCACUUGAGAGUGAAGAGUCUCAGAUAUCAGCCAAAGAGCAGGUUCUACGGGAGCGUCUGAAAGAGACGGAGCGCUCAAUAGAAGACCUGCAGAAGAGUCUGAUGACCCAGGAUGGAGAUGCCACCGGCUGCAUGUCCGCCCAUCUAUCGGACUGCACGGACCCCGAUCCCGACCACCACAUCCUGGCCCCGCAGCCCCGGACCGGCCCACCUGCGCUUGGAGAGCACGCCAUACCAAGACCUGCAAUGUUUGCCAUGGAGAUCAACGUACAGAAUGACCCACAGACCGGCGAGCAGCGCAUCCUGUCAGCCAACCGCGUGAGCCCGCUGGAUGCGGCGUCGCGCGGUAUCAAAGUCUACGAUGAUGGCAGAAAAGUGGUCUAUGAGGUCACUUCCUCUGGGGGCGUGUCCACCACCACCGUGGAGAACGGUUGGAGCUCUGCACAGGUUGACCAGCUGAUCCAGCGAGCUGCCAGACCUGUCGUUCAAGGAGGAGAUGGCAGCAGGUGUCAGGUGACAGUGACCCCAGGUGCCCCUCAGGCCUAUGUUUCCCCAACAGAUAUUGAUGAUCUGUCUCCGCCCUCCUGUGCCCCGCCAUCCAUCCCUUCAAGCCCACCAGCCCAGGUCACCCUCCAGAGGGAGCCCCAGCUUGGCAUGAUGCCACCCUCUGCUCCUAUUACAACCCAGCCCGGCACCUCAGCCCACCCAGGUGCCGAGCUCACCUCCCUACCCCAAGCCAGUGCGGAACACCCAGUCACCAUGGUGUUCCUUGGCUACCAGGACGUUGAGGAUACGAGCGAGAGCAGGCGGCUGCUAGGUUUUGAUGGUGCCGUGAAGGCUGAGGUGGUCCUGAUCGACGAAGACGAUGAGAAAUCUCUGAGGGAGAAGACGGUCACUGACCUGUCCAUCAUCGACGGCACAGCAGCUGACCUCGUGUCAGGGAGGCCGGCCACAUCUGAGGCCGCCAGCACGGAACUGUCAUCUGACGGCCGUGAGCCUGACAGCGCCUCUUCGCCCCCCGUGAAUCCCGACGCCAACACGGUCCCCCCGCCCGGCCUCACCCCUGCCACAGGCUACUGCCAAACACCAGGGGUUACUGUGACAACAGCAAAUGGGUAUGAAGCUCUCAUUCCGACCAGACAUCCUCACACUGCCAUGAAAUCGUGGCGGGCAGCCGAGGAUGUCAGUGACACAAUACCAAGAGAGCGAGCCCUAAAGAGUGUCAGUUUCCAGGAAUCGGUCAGCGUUAUCACUGACAGGCCUGCAACCAUGGAACUGGAGAGCCAGCAAAUCCAACAUGGCUGCCUCAGCAGCCCCAGUAACCGAGCCCAUAAUUCUGUUGGUGUGAAAGUAGAGACUCCAGACAGCGAGGUGGUGCAGGAGAUCCGCUACUUGGACCAGGUUUUAGAUGCCGCCUCAGAAACACCCACCAACGGAAAUUCUUCUCCAUCAGAACACACCAAGCCAAUCUGCAUCGACGGAAACACUCCUUCUGACUGCGUGUUAGCCUCCUCUCCUGUCAAUUGCCAAUCAGUUGUUGUGGAGGGGCAGAGACAAACCACGUUCUUCCACCAGGAGGACUCUGCCGUGACAACCAACGGGCACGUGCAGGGAGAGGAGUCGGCGCCCAGCGGGGCAAAGUUUGAGCUGAGAGCGUUUCAGGAGGAGAGACGGCCAGCGAAACUCUUCUCCACCGGAGAGGGGCAGCAGGUCAGGGUGACAAGGAGACGACCCACAGAGGAGGUUGAGGAGCUGGAGCGUGAGCGUCAGGAGCUGAUCAAAGACCAGGCAGUGAAGAAGAAUCCUGGCAUCGCCCAGCGUUGGUGGAACCCUCCUCAGGAGGUGCCUUUGGAAGAACAGCUGGACGCAGAGCAGCUUGAAUCUCUCAAGAAAUACCAGGAGAGGAAACAGCAGAGACAGACUCCUACUUAUACAUAUACACAGCCCCAGCUGUCAGGUCCUCCCACAGUGGUGACCUUUGACCCGGAGCUAAACAGGAAAGUGGACAUUGUGGAGGAGCAGAUCGACUUCUCGUCUGCCAGGAAGCAAUUUCUGCAAGGGGACACAACCAAGAGGGACGUCGCUCCUCAAAUAUAUUCCGCCAAACCCUUUUCAAAAUCCAUAACCAGGGGCAGCCAGGGGAGCGGGGACAUUACUGCAGAAACCGGAGAGGGUCACGUGACCUGGUCUGAUGAAGGAAUUGCGGGAGAAUUUACUUGUGCACGAGCUGUAAUGACAAUACUGCGUGAGGAGGAGGAAGGGAAGAGCCAUUUCCAUCCAGCUUUUCACCCGGAGGAGUCUGACUCAGGAUUAGACGACUUAUCUGUCCGUUCUCAGGACACUACUGUGUUGAGCUUGGAUAAUGUUUCUGAUAGCGGGGCUUCGCUACCACCUACCCCGUUGCCACUUACUCCGGUGUCACCACCUACUCCCCAGCCCACCAUGCCAGUUAAUGGCCAGAGCAGUGGUAGUCCAAUAGAAGACGAGUUGGAGUACCAUGCGGGGGUACUUGUCCAAAAUGCCAUCCAAAAUGCCCUGGCAGCUCAGAAUAGAGGGGAGUGGCAGCCAUCUGAUUUGAAUUCUUCACAACUGAGCACCCCUGUGUCUCCAUCCUCAGCUUCUUCAAGUAGCCCAGUGCCAGUGUCUUCUUCUCCUGUGUCUUCUGGUGGAGCUCCCAGUCUCCAGUCACCUCUGUCCUCCAGUCCUGCUCCAUCUAACCUGUCCUCUCAGCCAGACAGACACCCAGAGGUAAGAGUUGUUUACCAAGAGCAGCCUUCAGAACCACAACAGGCUCCACAGCAGCACCAGCAGCAGCCCUCCAGUCCAGAGUUCCAGACGCCUUCUCUGCCUCCUUCUCAGCCCAUCUCACCACCACAGAGACCCAAAGAUGGAGGCCCCAGGAUCAAAAUCCAGUCCUCUUACACCAGAGCGCUCGCUUCCUCAGCCCCGGCUCCAGCUCCAGCUCCCGGCCCUGCCGCAGCAGCUCCAGUUACCAGACCAACCCCGGUCUACCGCCCCCCUUCCCCUCCAAGCCCAGAGAAACCAGAGUUCAGCUACUUCAGUAAAUACUCAGAGGCGGCUGAGUUGCGCAGCACAGCAGCAGCAGCACGAGCCCCCGAAGUCGAACCUGCCAGCGGCCCGUUCCGCCUGCGCUCCAAGAAGCAGCGGACUUUGUCAAUGAUCGAAGAGGAGAUCCGAGCAGCUCAGCAGAGGGAGGAGGAGCUGAAGAAACAGAGGGAGACACAGCCUGUUGUUAUUGUCCGCCACAGCAACGCUUCCGGCAGCAGUCACGGUAACAUGAGGACAGGGUUGCGGCAAACCACCAUUUCACCGGCAGAUAAGAUGAAGAGCAACAGCCUGCCAGCUAGACUCACGCUGACAGCGAGAACCGCACCAGGAAAGAUCGAGAAGGUCCGACCUGCCCCGCCUGUCUCACCCUCACCCUCAGAAGGAGCCCUGUCUGACGCCGGCAGCGAGGACUCUGGAGGAUCACGCCCCAAAAACUUCAUGCAGACGCUUAUGGAAGACUAUGAAUCACACAAGGUGAAGAGGAGGGAGAAGCUGGAGGACAAUAGCGUUCUGGAGGCCACUCGUGUCACCAGGAGGAAAAGCGACAUGGCGCGGAAGUGGGAAGCCGGUAUCUACGCCAAUGAGGAAGGAGAGGAAGAGGAGGAGGAAGAAGAAGAGGAGGAGGAGGAGGAGGAGGAGGAGGAGGAGGAGUAAACUGCUCCUUUCAGAGGCAGUUAAGAGGAUGAAGGAGGAGGAUGAAGAGACUGAAGGAAAAAUGCAAACAGGAGGAGGAGAAGGCGAAGGAUAAUGGACAGGGAAAGGAAACAGUAUUUAUUUUACUAAUAGUAUUCUGAUGAUCACAUGACCCACUGGCUUAACCAAUGGGGCUCAUCGAGGAGAUGCAUCAAGUUUGUGGUUGUUGGACCUGAGGAUUGAAGGCGCAUCAGUAUGUUGAGUGACUGAGUAUGUGAGAGACAUUUGAAGUUUAGAGGUUCAGUUUGGAGAGAAAAAAAGGUCAGUGACGCAAGAGACACUCUGAAAGGGUUUCAUGGAGGUUUCAGAGCGCUGCUCAGAAGUUUCUUUGGGAUAAAAAAGUUUUUUUUAGUUGGUUAGACGCUGAAUGAUUUACAUUUAUAAGAUUUUUUUUUCAUUUACCUGUAAUUUCAUUAUUGAAAUAUGGUCUGAGAUCUAAAGAUUUUAUUUUGACAGGUUGCCUGAGACUUGUUGAUGAGGGUUUUGGCAACGAGAGCUUAAUAAUAACCCCAAUCAUUUUCCAAGUGUGUGGACUAGCUUUUCAUUACCGACAGGAGAGAGAAAAAAAGAUGCAAACAACAAGCAGGUGUGUGCAGAGUGACUAUCAAGAAACUUCUGACUGAAACCUUGCACACUCACACAUCAUUUCUGUUAUUUGAAAAUUAUUUUUUACCUGGAUUUGAUGACACCGCGAGAAGGGCGCAUUGUUUUCCAGAAACUGAACUAAUCCUUUCAAGCACCUGUAUUAAAAUCUUAAGUGCCCAUUUGAGUGUCAGCGUCCCUGAGCUGUUGAAUGCUAGCGAGGAAACGCGCAAAACUAGCAUCCGAGUUCAACUUUGCCUUAGACCGCCAGUAAUUGUUGGAUGCACGAUAUGUAUGAUGUAUUUUAUCUUCUAUUCUUAAUACUAAAGGUUCAGUAUACCUUAAAGAAAAUACGCAACCGCAUUAGAUAGAAAGUCUGUCUAUAAAACCCUACUCUCCAGUGACUUCAUGUCUAUUAAACUCAAACAGGAGGUGACAGACGGGGUAGAGGGAAGCUAACUGCGGGUCAUGUUUGCAUCAGUGUAUGUGUGUGUUAAUUAAAAGGGCUGGGUCUGAGGUUUUAUAUUCUAAAAAUCACUUAUUUUAUCUUUGCUGGCUACGUCGCUUUGUUGACCUGUGCUUUCUGAUGUAAGCAGUUGUUUCAUGUAUUAUACUGAGGUAGGACUGUGUGUUUGAUAUAUGAACAUGUAUGUUGAGAUUCCAGCGGAGCAACCGCCUUGUGUCUACUUAACCUUGGUAGCUGAGGAUAAAGUUUGAUGAAAACUAUUGGGAAAGCUUUUUCUAAGAUGUUGUUAUACCAAAACAGAAUGUUGUUGUUUAGUCAGCCCUACGCCCUUAAGUAUCUUUAAGAUGUUUUGAUUGUGUGCAUGAAAUUACACUCAUUUCCUAACCUGAAACAAGCACACAGCAGGUAGAGAAAAGAAUGCAAUUGACUAUCAGUAGAAAGAUAUAUUAAUAAGUCAUUUGUGAGUUGGGGUUGUCAAUUUUUGUUGUUUGUUUUACCAAAUGUAUUGUGAGCUUUGAUAUUGCAGGACACUCUGAACAAAAAAAUGCAGGCCUCUAAUAAGUGUGGUGAAACUGUGGAUUGUCCGGGUGUAGAGAUCAAGCUUCAGCGAAAAUGAAAGCAGUACACACAUUGAAACACAGACGACAGAAAGAGAACGUGGGAUAGAAAUGUGUCAACGUGGCUUUAGAAACAGUCUUUUUGAACCACUUUAACUGAAAAGUAGCAAAAUGAUUCUACUUCUCUCUCUUUGUUCGCUUGUUCGUUGAAGCCUAUAGAUUUUUUUUUUUUAGCAUUAGGACGCCAGGAGGACAGUGAGAAAAUAUUUCCCUGCAAACCACAGGUCACAGUUUUGACCACCGCCGUCUGCUAGCGUGGCCUGUUCAAGUGUCCUUCAGCGAGGCACUGACUGAAAUCCUCAGCUAAAUGCCUGAAAUAUAAAUGUACACUGAGGUAAAAUUGCACAAAAUAUAAAGAACUGUGGCGCACAUACUUGCCCUAUUAUAUUUAUUGGGACAGUCCCGUCCUGAGCGCAGGACAGGCUUCUCUUAGCGGCUCAUCGCUGUCUUGUGCUCUCAGGGAAACGCAGUGCCACCAACUCCAUCAACCAGAAGUGAAAACCAAGCACUCGUGCCUGUGUGUGGUGUUCAUUUCCCCCUGAAGCAAAGACAACACACAUUGAUUCCAGAGAAAUCUCCUUGUUCUUGUUUUGAUACACAUGUAAUAAUAUAUAAAAUGGAUAAAACAAAUUAUUUAAAGGACUACUAGUGCUGCAGAAAUGUAAAACAAGUGUGUCACUGAUGCUGAUAUGAGAUUCAUUUUGCCACAAGAGUUAAAGGACAAACGAAAACAGCCAGUUGGGCUGCACACACACACCGUCCUUAUUUCAGUUUCAAAAGAUCAAUCCAACAAUCCAACCCCAAAAUAAUUUAGUUCUCCUUAAAAACACAACGCUUUUUUGAAAUGGUUACAGACAUCAAGCCCAUUCAGAGGAGUUAUAUUGUGUGAUUUAUUAUUAUUAUUAUUAUUAUUAUUAUGCUUUUGUUGUUUGAAUUCGUGGUGCAGAGAUGAUUUAUUUAUCAUUUUUAAACGCUGGUAGCUUGUUUUCGCCUGCAGAAGCGCCCGAGCUUCAGUGUGGGACUUGCGCUGUCUGUGUGUGAUAAAGCAACAUGUUAUUCUACAGUAUAACCUCUGUUCCUAUGUUAACCACUUGUAUGCUCAUAGCUCUGCUUUGUUAUUUUAUAGCACAUGUAAGGCUCACAGUUAUACACCUGCUAUACAUAUUCUGAAUAUUUUCUCAUUAAAAACAAAAACUGUAA